UUUCCCAACCGCCAAGGCAAAAAUCGUAUUUGGAGCUCUGCAAAUAUCUCAUAAAAAAGCUCUGAAAAUUAUUCCGACGAGAUUCAUCUCCAUUUACAGGAAAAGAUUCGUCGUGAAAUUUUUCAAAACUCGUUCGAUUACAUUGUUGAACCGUUGUAUGCAUCGAGAGUUGUGACGUCUUUUCCUGAUUGUAAUCGACCGUAUAUGUUUGUAAGGAAUCAUCCGUUUUCGUUUUCGAUAUUUUUGGCAUUUAAGCUUAAGCGUUACUUGAAUCAAUGAGGUCAACUUUCCGCUGCUUCGUCCUACUGUUUCAGUUUCAUCAUCUUAUUUCAAGCAGCAUAUCCUCGCAUACCAGGACAACAAUAUUGGUUUACAAAGAUUAGUCGAAGGCCCUAAAACACAAGUCAAACCUGCUAAAUUCCAAUGUUAACGUGUUCUUGAUUAAUGUAACACACAAGAUUCAAGUUCAACAUAGUUGUAUUCAAUAUAAUGGCUGAUCUUAUAUAUGAGCCAAUGCUUCAUUGACAUAAUUUGUGAAUUUAUUUCCACAUUAAGUAAUAGAGUGCUCAACAUUUGUUGUCAUAAUAGAAGAGACUUCAAAUGAUUCUGAUAGGAUGGAGAGUAGUGCUUCUUUUUCUAUCUCCCAUUCUCACUUUGGCAGAGUCCUCGAACACACCAUGGUCAAUGUGGUCAAGCAACUUUGGUGCUGAGCAAACAUUGCUUUACAGAUGGACAAUCUUCAGUGCAAGCUUUUGUGUACUUGUUGCUCUUUUUCUUUCCACAUAUCUUAUCUUUGAGCAUUUAGCUGCUUACAAUCAGCCUGAGGAGCAGAAGUUCUUAAUUGGAGUUGUUCUGAUGGUUCCUGUAUAUGCAUUGGAAUCGUAUUUGUCGCUAUUGGAUGCAGAUGCUGCAUUCAACUAUGAAAUAAUCAGGGACUGGUAUGAAGCUUUUGCUUUAUAUUGCUUUGGGAGAUAUCUUAUUGCCUGCUUAGGUGGAGAGGAUAGUACUAUUGAGUUCAUGGAAAGUAAAAGCCGUAUCAGUUACAGCAUACCCCUUAUAGAAGAAUCAUAUACUUAUGGAGUUGUGGAACACCCUUUCCCUCUCAAUUGCUUCCUCAAGGAGUGGUAUCUUGGUCCUGACUUCUAUCAGGCAGUCAAAAUUGGCAUUGUGCAAUAUAUGAUAUUGAAGCUGAUCUUUGCGCCGUUAGCAAUGAUUUUUCAGUAUCUUGGUGUUUAUGGGGAAGGGAAGUUUGAGUUGAGAUAUGCGUACCCAUACAUGGCAGUUGUUCUUAACUUCAGCCAGAGCUGGGCGUUGUAUUGCCUUAUGCAGUUCUAUUCAGUGACCAAGGAUAAGCUGGCACCAAUCAAACCUUUGGCCAAGUUCUUGACCUUCAAGUCCAUUGUAUUCUUGACAUGGUGGCAAGGUGUUGGUGUAGCCAUUCUUUUUUCCAUUGGAGCCUUCACAGGACCCUUGGCUGAUCAGCUGCAAACACGUAUCCAGGAUUAUAUAAUCUGUCUUGAGAUGGGUGUUGCUGCAGUGGUGCACUUGUAUGUUUUCCCAGCCGGACCGUACAAGCGCGGAGAGCGAUGCGUACGCGAUGUUUCCGUGAUGACCGACUACGCGUCGUUAGGAGCACCACCUGAUCCGGAAGAGGUGCGCGACUCCGAGAGAACCCCCAGAUUACGCCUCGGCCUACCCGACGACAGACCCAAGCGUCCCAAAUUACAUCAGAGUGUUCGCGAUGUCGUCUUCGGAAGUGGCGAAAUUAUCGUUGAUGACAUGAAGUAUACAGUUUCCCACGUGGUAGAACCGGUUGAAAGGGGAUUAGCGAAAAUAAAUAGAACUUUUCAUGAGAUAUCGGAAAAUGUAAAACGACAUGAGGAGAGAAGGCGCCCACUCCCACGCCCUAAAGAUGACAGUCAUCUAAUUCCUCUGAGUUCAUGGUCCAAUGAAUUCUUGGAAAUUCAUCGAGAUGUAGAAAAAGGGAGUUCCAGCGACAGCAAGCUCUCUAAUGCCAGGCGAUCAAAGAACCCCUUUUCUCAAUCCCCAUACAGAUAAUACUCUUUCUCUCAGGUGGAUCUGUAUAAAUACGGGCAAGCAGAUACAAAACACAGAAAUAUAUGAAUAUCGUUGCAGCUGAUAAUAGAGGUACACUCCUACUAACUACUGAUCUUGAUUUGUGCACACGGGAUGCAAAUUAUUUGAUUAUAGAAUUACAAGACUGUAUAUUGUAUACGUCUAACAUCCACUCAACUUAGAAUAUCAAUAUGUUUGGGAAGUUGUGAAUAUGUUUUGGGUUGGAUUUGGAUUUAUCAGUCAUACAAAAACAAAAACAUGAGUUUCUUUUGGCUUUUGGUACUGUUGAUUGUUGAGUUAAAAAACAAUAUCGCACAUUUCAUUUGGUAAGAGUCAAACCUUUUAAUUUCA